GCGUGUGAGGGUGUGAGUUUGAAAAAAUUUGUCGACGACCCUCACUCAGCUCAAAACCAAAUUCAAAACUGAAAUCAAACGUUCGGACGACGUUCGCCGUUGAAUACUGAUGCUGAUGCUGAGGCUGAGGCUACCGCGCAAAACAUCUACGAGUUCAAACAACUGUGCUAUAAUACACAAGCACACACUCACACACACACACACCAACUCAGAAGUCUCUCUAUAUACAUAUACACUCAUAUACUUAUGUAUGAAUAUUUCAACUAGAUUGUAUUUUGCGCGUGUGUUUUCAAAAUGAUCGUGUGGAUGUGUAGGUCUGGCAUUGUGUGUGCGGGCUACUUAGCUGCUGCUCGGCUUACCGAUUUCUAUAAGUAGUAUAUAUAGUAGCGCCAAAAGUCGCUUACGCGCAUUCAAACGACAAACUUCUCGAUAGCGCCAACGUCUAACGGUAAAUGUCAGUUCCAUCACAGUUCCAUCGUUUCCGGUACGUACCGUCGCGUCCUCGUCUCGUGUGCUUAUGGCCUAAUUAGCCGUUAGCCGCGCAUUUCCUAUACGUGUGUGAGUGCCAAAAAUAAAGGGCGAGAAAUCGGCGCUGCGUAAACUUGAAUUGAAUCUAAUAGUAGAAUUGAGAAUUGUAGCCGUGUCUUUAAUUCAGGCGAGUGCGACUGCCCAGUACUACGUGUAGUGUUUCGUUACAACAACAUAAUCGUAAUCAUAAUCGCAAUCACAAUCGCAAUCAAAAUCAAAUCUGCGUGUUUCUGCUGCCACUCUACUCUAGUUGUUGUUGUAGUUGUUGUGGUUGUGUGCUCUUCUCAACGCACACACACUGAAGCCUCAAUCGCAGUCGCAGUCGCUGUCGCAGUCGCCACAGCAGCCGCUGCUGUUAAUUUCAAACGAUACAGCGAUUCAGUCGAAAACACUGCACUUUCCUGCCCUGCCCUGCCCCGCCACUAUCUCGGCCGCUGCCUCUGCCUCUGCCGCAUAUGGUUGCAUUAUACAACAGAGGAGGAGGGACUUGACAGAUAGGCAGACAAAUUUACGGACUAGCUGAUAGAGCGGGCAUUGGACGCGAGCUCUAAGCUAAUUAUCAGAGCCAGAUUAUCAUCAUCUUCAUCAUCGUCAUCGGUGCAGCGACGCUGGCUGGCAAUCAAAAUCAACACAAUGACAACUUUUGCCAUGCAAAUGCGCCAAAUUACAAGCAAACGCAGUUUCAAAGCGAAGCUGAGCGGUUGAGCGACACAGCGGAAGGCCCGCCCAGGUGCAGCUCUGGAAAAGUUUGGAAUUUUCAAUUUGUGCCGGUCCGCAGAGGACCAUUUCCACCCAUUUCCCAUUUAGACGACGCUGACGACGACGACGACGACGACGAUUGGACAGCGUCGAAAUUAUAUUCCGUGCAUAGGAACUAGCUUUUAGUUAAUUAGUGCAAUUAAAGAGACGCCUACGCCGAUCAUGCUAACCACGGAGAAAUCGACGGUGGUGCCGCUUAUUGUCGGCGGCGGUUGCAAACCCCAGGCGGUGCAUGGCUGCCAUGUGCAUGGGCCCGCCUUGGAGGCGACACCCGUGCCUGCCACAACCACAACCUCAGAUAUCAGGCAGUCCCAGACACAUCAGCACACACAGUUACUUCCGCCACAUGCACAGCACCACCCUGCGCACCACUCGCAUCCGCACUCGCAGUCGCACCCCCAUGCCCAUCACCACCUGCACACACGGAGCCAAGAAAAAAAAUAUUCGCCGGAUGCGCCGCGCAACAAUUGCCACGAGCGGCUCCUAGAAGUGCUCGACAUGCUGCUGUCCAGCCUGAUUGUGGCGCCCUGCGUGAUCGCCUACUGGCGCGGCACUUGGGAGCUAAUGGGCGUACUGCUCUUCCCCAGCAGCUUGCCACUGUCCGCGCUCUGCUCCUUCCUCAUUGGAGGCCUGGGCCACUUUGUGUUCACCAUCACGCAGAACUUCUUCAAAGACCACAUCCAUCCGGAUAAGCGGCGACUCACGUACUACGUGAUCUCGCGUCUCUACACCUUUUGCUUUGGCAUUGUUUGUGUGAACAUGUGGCGAGGGGCUUGGGUCCUCUGCGACUGGCUGACCAGCGUCGACUCGCUGGUCAUCAUUGCGGUGGUCACAUCCGUGGCACUGAUGUUUCUAAUUGCCACGAGAACUGUGCGCAAUCUAGGCGCUGCACCCUACACCGUCACCAUGGAUCACAAGACCGAUUACUUCGAGGUGGAUACGAUGUUCAAGAUACCGGGUUUCAGUCAACCUGGACUGUACAUACUGGACACACUGUUCUCAGUCUUCGUUAUUGGCACACUGGUGGUCAUUGCCUGGCGUGGACUUUGGGGCAUCUUCGACCUGAUUCUUUUUCCGCACGACAAGGCGAAGUCGGCCUGGGGCUCAUUGCUCAUUGGCUACCUGACCGUUUUUGUUACCUUCAUCAUUCAUCCACUCAUGCGGUACGUCUGCCGCCGCAUCAACGGCAUCCUGAAGCUAAUCAUUUGCGAUAUUUACUAUUUCAUGAACUUCUUUGGGGCUGUGAACGCCUGGAGGGGCAUCUGGAAUCUCCUAGAUGUGUAUUUAUAUCCGGACAACCCUCUGCUGAGCUUUUGGCUUACACAUCUCGUACCCUUCCUGCUCCUCGCCGCAAUCAAGUGUUCCAACUCGAUUUUGGUGCGAGGCGUUUUCAUCGAUGCCGACGGUCCGGGCGCUGAGUGUGUCGAUAUUCCCAUAAACUAUGUGCGUCUGCAUUUCCGACGGGAGCGCCACAAGACGUUGCGGAUGCAACAAUCGCCACCAUCCACGCAACUGCCGCACUAUUUUAUAAAGGCGGAGCAUGCGCCCUUGGGCAAGCACGCGGAAAAGGACAAGGAGGCCCAGAGUAGCCUGAUAGAGAAGCCGCACGCUACCCCGCAGAUUGUUUAGCGCCACACAAAACGUUUCUAUAUGUCUAGCUGUUAAGUUAAUUUUAAAUGCAUUCACUUAAUUUUAACACGAUCAAUUUGUAUUACCACUAAGUGCAUUACUUAAAAGCAGUCACACGAAUCAUUAACCGAGCGUCCUUCCCCGUUACCCAUUCCCCGAUCCCGUGCAUGUAUUAUCCUCCUAACAAAUAUCCCUAUGUGUGCAUAGUCAUUGCCUAGACUAGGAAAUCAUUUAGCCUAGUUAGUUUUGAUUAGCUGUUAAGUGCAUUAAUUAACUGCAAAUGGAUACGUAUGUGAUGCGGGGCCACAAAUCUAUUUGGUUUCUCGCUACUCAUGGAAUGCAUUAUUGACGAUAAUCCAAAUCAAUACAUUCAUGCUCCUUUCUGUUUUUCUGAACGCCUGGAUAUCCGAAAAUGCUUAGAGAUAUAUUAACUAAGCCUAGUAUGUACAGUCUUUCAAUCUUAAACUAUAACCAGACUAAGUUUAUGAUACAAAAUGGAAAGGCUAUGGAAAUUCGACAACAAAUGACCAAAUAUUUUUCAAUCAAAAUUCCAUUCAGUUGUGUAAUAUUUGAUGAGGCAGAGUUAUACAGUUUAUAAAUAACAAUACCUGCUAGUUAGUCUAUAGUCCAGAGAGCCCACUUUAUUGGUAACAGAUUAAUAGCCCUUCUUUUCUAUCAAGCAUAAAUAUACGUAAAUAUAAAUAUAAUAUAUGCAACAUUCAUAUGUAAGUAUGUUUUGUGUUUCGCAGCUAAUGCUAUAAUAGUAUAUACGAACAUUGAUAUUAAGAACCUUGUACAUGAAAAUUC